CAGGCAUUUAAGUCACAAGAUUUUUUUCAAAGGCUGCUAGGAGCUGAAAAAUAUCCUCUUGUGAAGAACAGGGAGUGUGGCUACUUGAACAGACAAGGCAUGUCUCAUGUAGACUUAUGGAGUAAUAAUACAUUAGAAACCAAAGUGAAGGAGGGGCGGGAGGGAUGGUGGGCGGUGCUCCAGGCAUCCGACAGGCGAGAGCAGCCUGUGCAAUUGUGGGAGAGAGAUUGAAGGAAGAGGAGCGUGAAGGGUUAAAUGCUUGUAAGUGUGCCUGGCACCAAACGGAAACUGUCCAAGUGCUGGAGAGAACACCAGGGAAAGAGAUGCUGGAAGAGGAUGGAAAAGGGCGAGGCAUCUGCAUGACUGUGUAUGAACAGAGGGAUGCCACCCAUGACCAUGCUCAGCCCCAAGACAAAACAGGAUCGACGAGCACGUUCUAAGAGCAUGGUCUUUGGCGAGUUGUCUCGGGUCUCCAGGCCUUGCUCCCCUCUUGACCAGGAGAAAGUACUGAAGGCAGGCUGGCUGAAAAGACAACGCAUUAUCAUGAAAAACUGGCAACUACGGUGGUUUGUCCUCAAGGCUGAAGCUUUGUAUUUCUACAAAGACCAGAAUGAGAGCAGGGAACAGGGUUGCAUUCCUCUUAAGGGCACCCAUGUUAAUGAGCUGCCCACCAAUCAAGAUGAGCCAGGCCGUCAUUUAUUUGAAAUUGUUCCAGGGGGUGAUACGGAACGUGAUCGAAACCAUGAAACGUUCCUGCUGAUGGCUAACUCUGAAAGUGACUUGGAAGAAUGGGUUAGAGCUAUACACAGAGCAAUAUGGGCCCCACUUGGAGGAGGUAUCUUCGGCCAGCACUUAGAGGAAACUAUGCUUAAUGAGGGACAAUGUGGUCCCGAGCGAAGGGUACCGGCGCUGGUUGAGCGGUGUACGUGUUUCAUACGUGACCACGGGCUUCAGGAGGAAGGCCUGUUCAGGGCUCCUGGGCAGACCAAUCAUGUUCGAGAAUUGCAAGAUGCGUUUGACCGUGGUGAGAGUUUGCUGUUUGACAGUAGCACUGAUGUCCACACAGUAGCGUCACUCCUGAAGCUGUAUUUACGGGAGCUACCUGAGCCUGUAAUACCUUUCACCAAAUAUGCACAAUUUCUCUCUUGUGCAAUGCUACUCAACAAGGACAGAGAAAUGGGUAUCAUAGAGCUCGGCAAGCAGGUGAAAUCGCUUCCGAAGGUCAACUACGACCUUCUUGAAUACAUCUGUAGGUUUCUCGAUGAAGUCCAGUCUCAUUCUGAUGCCAAUAAAAUGAGCGUCCAGAACCUCGCCACUGUAUUCGGACCGAACGUGCUUCGGCCCAGAGUGGAGGAUCCGAUUUCCAUGAUGGAAGGGAGUUCUCAGGUGCAACUCCUGAUGACCAUCCUGAUCAGUGAACACGCCAAACUGUUCCAGCUCGAAAACACCGAAACUAAUUCUUUGCUGCAUCAUAAUGAUACUCCCUAUAAAGCCAAAGUGGAAUGGCUUAAACAAGAUGCCACGGAAAAUCCAGCGGAAUCUCACACAGGUGCUGAAUUACCUCAGGAAACUCUUCAACCUUGUACACUCCCAAAGGACAAUAAGCUGACACCAUCCAUCACUACCUCUCAGACAGAUGAAGGUGAUCUAGAGAAGAAUGGGGUCGCUCACUCAAAUCACAAAACAGAGGCGAGCGAUAGCCCCGCUAAGCAGCCAAGAGUCCUUUCUGCUUGGAGGUGCUCUUUUAAGGGCAGUUCCGUGGGGCAGAGGGGAAACAUCGGGGGAUCAGCGGGGGACGUGUCAGCAACAGGUGGUAGUAACUGGUUGAUGAAUGGCCUGUCAUCCCUGCGAGCACACAGGCGCACCACCUCAUCUGGUGCAAAACUAAAAGACGCCGCUCUGUCACUGGAGGAUUCAACCCUUAAGGAGACCACAGCAAGAGACGGCGAGAAGGACACCUCUCAGAGAACGCUUCCCCAGUCGCACAGAUUGUCCGCCUAUGACAAUGUUGCUCCCUCCACGCUAAGUUUGCCACCUCAAAACUCCAUCUGGACUGCUUUUGAUAUAUCACUGACUGAGCCUGAAGACACCAAACAAACACUCAGUGAUGGUACAACACCGAUAAAUCACAAGCCGAAUAGUGCUGAAGAUGAUAUAACAAAUAUGGUCGUGGAGUUACAGCAAGAGCUGAAGACGCAGAGAGUGAGCUUUGAAAGCAGCAUUCGCAAGUUGGAGGAGAACUGCCGUAAACAUCAGACCCAAGUAAACAAACUUGAAGAGGAGCUCGACCAGGAGAGAAAGCGAUUCUACAUGCUGGAGAUCCGAUUCAGGAACUCGGAGCGAGGGCGGCAAGACGCAGAAAAACGAAACGUUCGACUCCAAAGGGAGAUGGAAGACUUCUUUAAAACUUUACAAGACCUGACAACUAAGCCCAAGUAGACUGGACCAAUCAUCUGAUGUUAGUUAAGGUUUUAAAAAGCAAAAAUAUACAGCUGUUUAUAAAUCGCUAUGGAAGUAGAACGCCACUUCAUAGCAUUGAACUUUGCCAAACAUUUUGCAAUUAUGAGGCAACUUCCUGGUUAAUAGAAGAUAACAGUGCUAUCCUAAUUGCAGGUGGUAGAUGCUUCUAACUGUGCCAAAGUAUCAAAUCUCACCAAAAUGUGAUGGAAUAUUUCUUGCUCAAUGUUUUUGUGGAACUACGGUAGUUUUUCCCAAUCCUGUCAAUUCUUCUAUGUACUGUGAAAACAAAGCUAUGUGUGGUUUUGUUGUCAGUGUUGUUGCCAUGUUUGCGGUCUGUAUUGGAAAUGAAUGAAUGCAUCGGUCCCUCUAAAUUGUGAUCCGUUUUCAUGAUUAAUUACAGCGCAUUGGCACCGAAAGACGUCGAUACCCAAAACCUACAAACUGUGAGGCGGAUGUAUACGCCACUUUCCUACCAUGCAGCCAAUCGACAUUCGGCCAUUCUAAUAAGCUAUAGAAAUGAACAAAGACAAUCGUUCAAAUUCAACUCUUUUAUUUGCUUGAGUUUUGCUUUUGUAUUGUAUGUUAACAGCUCCAUACAAUUAUCCUUUGGGAAAAAAAAAGAAACUCAGGUUUAAAAUUUUGUCUCCAGCGCUUUACAGCCCAUCCGAAGACCGACUUGCCAUCCCAGUAACGCUGAAUGACUUUUUCUUUUAUUUCUGCAUUUAAUCCAAAGUGUGACGAGUACUUUAUAUUUGAGGAGGAUAGGGAGAGGUAACCCACUAAAAACAGUCACUGACGACUUGGCCCAGAAAAUGUGAGGACAUGCAUCACAAUCCCCAAGUGCAUUCUGGGAGAGCGUAAAGUUACUGCUUGGGGUGCCUGAACAUGAUCAUUAUAAAUACGCCACACACUGGGAACCUUGGGUCAUCAAACACAUCUAAAGGGAACAACUGUGGA